ACACAGUAGAUUGUUCUGUGCCUUUAACUACAGCGGUGAAUGUCUCAUCCAUAUACUUUGGUGCUCACAAUGUUUUCAAACACGCCGUUGAAAACCCUCAAUAUUCCAGUUAUCACCUCACUUCCUGUAUAGAGUUUAGUAAUACUGACUUUCGGAUCUUUUCGGCGACGGGACCUGGUGCUGCUCAGAAACCCGCAUCUUCGGACGGCAGGCCCUGAUCCAAUCGAGGCCAUGGCAGACUUUUCGCUUGCUGACGCAAUCCCAGAUGAUGUUUCUGGUGAAGCAUCGAAAACUAGGCACACCAAUCCAUCAGCUCCUGGAAAUGGUGCUCCGCCCCCCACUAAUCCUGGAUGGCCUGGUUCGGCCCCUGGUGGCCCUAAUUUCCCAUCCUCAGGAGGCCCUGCCCAACCAACAGCCCCUUCUGGCUUCCCCCAGACCGGGCCAUCUGCCCCUGGUUCCUUUCCACCCGGCCCAGGAGCCCCGGGCCAGUUUCCUGGAGCCCCCGCUGCCCCGGGCGGAUACCCUCCAGGACCGGGCGUACCUGGACAGUUCCCCCCCAACCCUGGAGCUCCAGGACAGUUUCCCUCAAUGCCAGGUCAGUUCCCACCAGGUGGGGCACCCGUGCCAUACCCUGUUCCUGGACAGUUCCCUUGCCCACCUGGGGCUCCACAGGGCCCGUAUCCAAAUGUGCCUUACCCACCAGGUCCAUCUGGGCCUGGCAUGUACGGCCCAGGUGGCCCUGGUGCUUUUCCACCAGAUGGAGGCCCAGGAUAUGGAGGAGGAAUGUUUCCUCCAAUACCACCAGGGUCUUGGGGUCCACCCGGAGGGGGCUUCCCUCCUCAACCUGGCCCACCAGGAGGCUAUGGUCCAGGGCCCAUGGGACCAUACGGAGGGCCUGCAGCUCCAGGUGGAAUGCUGCCAUUGCCGUACGAUAUACCGCUGCAUGCAGGGAUAAUGCCCGGCCUGCUGAUCACUAUCAUGGGUGAGCCAGUACCAGGAGGAGACAGGUUCCAUGUAGAUUUGGUGAGAGGGCAUGAUGUGGUUUUCCAUUUCAACCCACGUUUCCAUGAGAACACCAUCGUACGGAACACAUAUCUUGGAGGCUGUUGGGGUCCCGAGGAGAGAGAGGGAGGCUUUCCCUUUGUGCAGGGCAGACAGUUUGAGUUGAAGAUCCUGGUGGAGACAGACGGGUUUAAGGUGGCUGUGGACGGGGUUCAUGUGCUGGAGUUUGAGCACAGAACAGGCGGGAUGGAGGAUGUCACUCGUCUGCACAUAGAGGGAGACCUCACUCUGUUCAGUGCAGCUCCCAGCAUGAUCUGAAACACAGGGAGCCAUUUGACAAUGUUGAGGUGACACAUUAAGUCAUUGGUCCAUGAAAAGUAUUGAUUAUCUCCAAAAAAGUGGGACGAACAGAAAUUAAUUAAAGUUCUAAUGAAAUAUCUGUUACCUGUCUCUCCAUUGCAGAUUAGUCAAACACAUGAUCGCCACAUGAUCUAAACAAAUGAAAUACUGAUGUAGAGAAAGUUUCGACCCCUCUGAGAGGUCAUUAGGACACUGAUAUCAUUGAUAUGUGUCUAACGCUUCAUAACUCUGUUUUUCCUCAUUCUCUCACCCGUCAGAAUGCAUUGUGCUAGUUACCCUUUCGCAUGUAUACCAGAACAUGACUAAUUUUGUAAAAAUCAAACAUGUACUGUUCAAAACAUACCUAUUGUAUGACCUUCAGUGUUAGGAUGGUACAGUACCAAAGCCUGUGAGGGGUCAUAAACUCUAAAGGCCCUUUCACACCACGAUCCAUAACUAUAAAGAUGCUCAAGCUCUUUAAAGCAGGAUGGAUUCUGAUUGGCUGUCAGUGUUUGUAUUAUUCAUCAGCUGAAAGUGAUUCCAACGAUAUCGUUAUUCGGUGCUGAUAACAUUAUAGUUGUGGUGUGGACUCUUGAUACUCUAUUAUAUUACAAAGAUUUUUAGAACUAUAUAUUUAUGGUUAUCUUUAUAGUUAUCGUUCUUAGUGUGAACGGGCCUUAAUUCAGGAAAACUGCAGACCAGAGCUGUGACACUAUGCUGAAUUACAUCAAAUCAAAAUGGCUGAAUAUUCUUUUAUUUGGUAUGGAUGUUGGAAAAUGUUCAUUAUUUUGAAUAAAACCAUAAUGAAAGCAUUGUGAUAACGGAGAUAAGCAAAUAAUUAUGUCCAAAUAAAUGCUGUAUUACCCCAA